CGCGGUUUGUAUAUGUACGGAGGAGCGCAUGGACAUGCUAUCUCCUUGGUCAGCGGUUGCACGAAGAAGGUUGGAUGAAGUUGUUUAGGCUGUUGUUUGUGGUGGUGCUUGUCGUGGCGGCUUUUUGUGUGGGGCGGUAUGAGGGAAGAGGCGCUGUUAGUAUUGCGCUUUUCGCAGAAUGGAAGACACCUGUGGAUAUGGAAUGGGAUCGUCUUAUGGAAAGUAGGAUGAAUCCGUGGUUCAAGUUUCUUCAUCCCCCGCCGUUAGCACGCUUGCAUUUGUAUUCGGCCGCGCAGGAGCUGUUCGGUCAGCUAAAGGAUGAACGCGGUCAGUCGCUUUAUGAUGAGAAUGGUUGGGAGACAGUUCGGUUUGACCUAUGCCCCCCUCUGAGGCGGAAAGGGCUGGAGCGCUUGUCGAUUGGUAUACCAUGUUAUGGUCGUCCGGAAGUUCGGUACAUAACAAGUGAAACGCCUUGGUGCGACUUGUGUCGUAAGCAUGGUCAUUUGGCCAGCGCGGCCCGCUGUUUGACACCUGGAGAGACGAGGGAAGGGAUUCGGCGAAGGGAGCUUCACAUACAGCAGCACCCGGCUCAGUCGGUCAACGCUGCAAAGGAAGUUGAGGCUUGGAUUCUCUUCAAGAAAAAGGUAAAUGUGGCUAUAGGCGCGGAGAUCAUUGCCGAUGAGAGUUUGGGGGAUGUGUGUGGAUUGGCGGAUGUGCGGUUCUUACCGCCCCCGAGGGGCCGUCUGCGUGGGGGGGCUACUGACUCAGGAGGAGUAGGGGUGCCCACUCGGCCGGGGCGAUCGUCAUCCCGGUCUCACUCCGAUAGGGACGUGCCUUUGCAUACCUCCCAGCGGGAGCAUGUUACGGGCGACCGCCCUCCGGAGCGACGAGAGGAGAAGCAGCCUCACCUGGUGUCUAAGGAGGAAGGUUUGCCACCGCCUGUGGAGGAAGAGCAGGAGCGACCGUCGAGGGACGACGAGGUGCUGAGGCACGUGGGGAAGGAUCAGGGUAGGCGCCAGGAGGAGAGCCUUCACAGGAAUGAAGGCAGUCCUGAACGGGGGCCAUCUAAGGUUCACCAUGAGGGUUGUGUUGGGAUUGUACCUGAAGAUGUCAUUAUGCAAGAGGCACCUCUGGUGCCGAUAGUGGAAGCGAUUGAGGAGGCUGCUCAGGACCAUCGGCAGGCUCAUGUUGAGCAGCAGAUUGGGGAUGGGGAGGAUGGUCAUCAUGUUGGGGUCGGAUAUGUCGAUGGUGCUGCUGAAAAGGUUGAUGAGCAGCGAUUACAAGAUGUGGGUGUAUUACCCUCUCAACAACUCAUCCAGACUCCGCCGUCGACUUCCUGUGUUAUGAUCACCUCGUUGCCAGCAGCGCCCGUUGUAGGGGCACCGGUCUUCCCGACAGUCUCACAAGGUCUAUCGUCGAUUGGUCAACCACGACCGUCUCAUCUAUCAGUGAUCCACGGCACGGCCUCCUUCUCUAUCUCCCGGGUCAAUAUUGAGGCACGACACUCUGUCACUUUUCAGGGUUCCGCUGGUGGCAGGUGGUUGUUGGAAGGGGCGGGCCCAUCGUCUCGGGUGUCGACAGGGGGGUGGUUGGUGGAAGAGCUUGUUCCUAACUCUUUGUCCCGCCCACCGGUCCAAGUGAGAAGUGUUAGUCAGGACUGUCCCCCCCCCCCCGUGAGGGACAAGGAUGUGUGCACCUCCAUGGCCAUGGCUGCUGUUGUGCCUAUGCAGGGUGGUCCGUGUGCAGGGAGAAGGUUGCAGGAGGAGUUUGGUGAGGGUCCGACAGAUAGGAAGCGUUCACGUUCUCGAAAGAGGCGGAGGAAGGGGAGGUCUCAGGCUAGGGCUGGUGUCAGGGAAAGAGGGAAGCAGCCGAUGGUACGGGGUUCUACAUCAGAGGAGGAUGAGCCGCCUAGGAAGUUUAGAGAGGUUAAUCAUGUUGGUAUCUUGAGGAUCCCGGGGGUGGGAGAGGGUCGACCAGCGGCAGGGAGAAGGGGUAUCGUUGGACGGAUGUCUCAAGACAGGAGCUCUCAGCCAGGCGGACGGAUCUUUGGGAAGGUCGAGGCACUCGGAUCGGUCCCGGGGGAGUAUGCGUUGAUGUCCGCAACGGUCAGGUGCCAAUGUGCCAUGGGGGUCGUGAUCUUUGGGAAGUCUGUAGUUAAAGACCUUGUAAUGCAGCAUUGGGAGCUUUGGCUCGCAACGCGGCCUGAACGAACACCGUUUCUGGAACACCUUCACCAGGGUGUUCAGGUCUUGGCUGCAAAUAUGAAAAGGAGGGCCAAGGUGUCCGGGCAGGUGCAUGGCCGAACAGGCCAGGAAUAUCUCCGCCGAAUGGAAGCAUUGGGGGAAGCGUCGCCGACAGGUUCUGAGGAUGAGUGGUGGGCGGAGUGGGUCCAGUUGCACUCGGAGUGGGCCGAUUGGCAGGUCCGGGAUGAGGAAUUGUGGGGACUCAGCUCCAAAACUAAGUGCGUACGAGAUGCUGAGCGAAUGUCCAAGGCCUUUUUUGCCCAGAUGAAGAAGUCUUCCCACUCUCCGUUGAUUGUCUCAAUGGGACAUCCCUUUGACCCACUGGAGCCAAGGGCGGAAAGCACUCCAGACAUCCUCAAAUACGUAGAACUGUUCUAUGGGGAUCUGUAUCGUGAGGAUGAGAUUUGGUCCACUGAGAACAUGGCUUCUCUGCCGAUGAAUGAUGUGUGGAGUGAGAAAGCCCCUCCGGCUAAUUUCGGUCAGGCUACGAUUAUUCUUUUAUAUAAGAAAGGAAGUGUGGAGGAGGUCAGAAAUUGGAGGCCCAUUUCCCUGUUAUCAGCACCGUAUAAAGUGUACGCGAAAGUGUUGGCUAACAGGAUUGCUCUUGUGUUGCCCUCUCUUAUUCACCCUACGCAGAUGGGCUUUGUAGUUCGAAGGCAGAUUCUGGUGAAUGUCCUCUUGGUCCGGCAAAUUAUGGAGAAGGCUCGGUGUUCUCAGCCCUCCUUGGCUACCUUGUUUUUGGAUUUUGAAAAGGCUUACGAUAGGGUCAGAUGGCCCUUUCUUCUGCAAGGCAUGAGAUGUAGAGGGGUGGGGGAGGGUUUUGUCAGGGCAGUUGAAGUUGUGCUGGGGAUGGCUGAAGUUAGAGUUCAGAUUAAUGGUUUGUUAUAUUCCCCCCUGAGGAUCACACGCUCUGUACGACAGGGUUGCCCACUCUCUCCUACUUUAUACAUCUUAUAUGUGGAACAUUUGCAUGAGAUGAUCCGGGCGAAUGAGCAGAUUCUGGGUUUUGAGUUGCCAGGGGGGACACAGGUGAAGUCUAAUGCGUUUGCUGAUGAUACUGCGGCAAUGUCCCGUCCGUCACAUGACGACGUUUCGGCCCUGCGCAGCGAGGUAUCUCUUUUUGAAAAGUAUGCGGGUGCAUGGGCGAAUUGGGGGAAAUUUGUGGCGGUGGUUCUGGACGGGGUUGAUAUCACAAUGUUCCAAGGCAUGAGGACCCAGUCAACUGAGGAGCAGUUUCUUUAUCUUGAUAUUCAGAUCCCUGUGGCGUUGUCAUUAGGUUAUCAGCUGGAUGAUUUGCUCCAUCGCGCAGUAACACGUAUGUCGGCUUGGGCUAAACGCGCGUCCCAUGGGGUGUUUGGUAAGGUCCUCAUUGCCAAUAACGCGGUGUCUGCAACACUGUGGUAUGCGGGCACAGUAUCGGAUCCUCCUAAGAGGGCGUGGAAAGGUUAUAAGGGCGCCCUUAGGAAGUUUUUGUGGAAAGACGAUCCCUGUACCUCGCACCUUAUCUAAAGGGUGCGUUGGGAGAAGUUGGUACAGCCGAGAUCGGUCGGGGGUCAGGGGUUGUUGGACCCUCGAGUGCAGGUUGCCGCCUUACAAAUGCG